AAAAUCAAACUUUUUUUUAGUUUAUUCAAUCAAGUAAAAUGAUGAAAAUAGUUGCAGUUGUGUUGUGCUUGUCCGUAAUUGGGACUCAAGCAAUCCUAAAGCAGUCCAUAGGGGGACGUAUCAUUGGUGGCAAUGAAGCCAAUGCCGGCCAGUUCCCAUUUGCCGCAGCCAUUUACAAGCAAACCAGUACUGGUACUUACUUCUGUGCCGGAGCCCUUAUCAACAGCCAGUGGAUUGCAACCGCCGGGCAAUGUGUCGCAGAUGCCGUGAUCUUUACCGUUCGUGUGGGAUCAAAUAGUUUGAACGCCAACGAUCCAAAUGCUCUAAGACUGGCCACAGACACGUAUUUCUUGCAUCCUGAUUACAAUCCAGACACUCUGGAACAUGAUGUCGGUCUUAUUAAACUGCGUUUGCCAAUUACGUUCACUGAUUAUAUUAAAGCUGUCAGUGUAAUAUCAACCACCAACCUGCCAGAUGGUACUUCAGUAGCGACACUUGGAUGGGGACAAACCAGCGAUGAAGAAGCUGGUCUUGUUGAUGGCCUUAACUACGUCUUCUUGGUGACACUGAGCAACGAAGAGUGCAGACUUGCUUUUGGAAAUCAAAUCACCGACAAUAUGGUCUGCGUAGACGGAAACUACAACGAAGGUACUUGCAGGGGCGAUCUUGGUAGUCCCCUGAUUCAGUAUGGUGGCAGUUCUUUGACCUAUCUAGUGGGCUUGUCAAGCUGGAUUAGUGGAAAUGGCUGUGAGAGUACCGAUCCUUCAGGAUUUACAAGGAUUUACGCUUAUGUUUCUUGGAUCAACAACGUAACUACAUCAAACUAGUGAAGCAAGUGUGCAAUUAACUGAAACAUUUUUUGCACAUCCAAGAGCUUUUUGGCUUUACAGUUUGUCAUCUUUUAUGUAAAUAAAGUGAAGCGAAUAAAAUUUCAUUAGUAA